CGCCGCUGCCGCGGCUAUGGCUGAGGCGAUGCGGGCCCCUCGGCGGGCCAAGGCCAAGGCCAGCCGGACCAAGGCCAAGGAAAAGAAGAAAUGUGACAUCCUUCAGCGGGAAGAGCCCGAUGAAGUCUCCCUUCCAGAAACUUUCAGAGCGCAGGAACUCCUUCCUCCAGCCUGUGAAAUCAAAGAAGACCUCGUGCAAGUAACUGCUUCCCAGCUGCAGGACGAUGCCCACGAACAAAAUGAGAGCGAAAUGGUCGAUGUACCCCUCACCUCCUUAACGAUAAGCAAUGUUGAGCUCCUGACCAGUGACACGGAGGCCCGACAGGAGCGGGGAGACGUCCGAGCCUGCGGUGAGGAUCAAGAGAUCAAACAGAGGGCUGACCUGGGAGACACUGUUGGAACCAACGUGGAGACCCCCAAGAACUUGGUAGCAGUGGAGGAGAACAAAUGGGUCCAAUGUAGAGCUUCCGAAAGCACCCUGCUGGCUUAUGUUUCUCAUGCUCAGCAGGAAGUGGGGGGUUUGCAGGCCGGAGAAACUCCUCAUAGGCGAGAAGGGACGCCGGCCCUGGGUCUUUCCUCAGAUGUGCUACUCGGGGUGGGCCUGCAGCGAUUUUUUGAAGCCACCCACGCUUUUCAGCAACCCCGAGUGAGAAAGCUGUAUCCGCAGCUGCCGCCCGAGACGACUGCAGACGAGCCAGCUCUGGUGGCUGCGAAACCCGUCGCUCGCAGUGAACGACUCUACCCGGAACUGCCAUCUCAAGGAGAGCUAACACCUUUCACUAAGGAACAGCUGAAAAUCUUCGAGCCGGGCUCCUGGCUGGAAAAUGUGGAGUCUUACGUGGAAGAAUUUGACAGCAUGGCCCACCAGGACAGGCAUGAAUUUUAUGAGCUGCUUUUGAACUACUCCCGGUGCAGGAAGCAGCUGCUGCUGGCCGAGGCUGAGCUGGUGGCCCUGACGGCCGAUUGCCAGAACGCUAAAAGUCGACUGUGGCACUUUAAGGAGGAGCAGGUGAUUGCCCAGGGUGUCUGUGCAGAUCAAGUCAAAGUUUCAGGUUAUCAUCGCUACCAAAGGGUGGAGAUGAACGAGAAUGCACUGGGUGAGCUCAAGAAGCUCUUUGAUGCCAAAUCCGAGCACCUCCACCAGACCCUGGCUCUGCAUUCAUACACGUCGGUGCUCUCGAGGCUACAAGUGGAGUCGUACAUCUAUGCGCUGCUGGAUAGCUCGGCUCUUCUGAGAUCGUUGGCAAUUCAUCAGCAAGGUGGAGCGUCUAAACAGACGGAGAGCAUCCCCUCUGACCUGAGUCACCUCAAGGAGUGCAUCAGUGUCCUGUUCACGUUCACCAGGAGGAUUCACGAGGACACGCAGUUCCACGGCGAUGUCCUGCUCUGGCUGCAGAAAUUGGUAGCAGUGUUACAGCGAGCCGGCUCUCCUGGAGACCACCUCUUCCUCCUGAACCACAUCCUGCGAUGCCCGGCUGGCGUCAGCAAGUGGGCGGUUCCUUUCAUCCAGAUCAAAGUGUUGAAUAACCCAUCAGGAGUCUUUCACUUUAUGCAGUCCCUAGCCCUGCUGAUGUCUCCUGUCAAAAAUCGGGCAGAGUUCAUGUGCCACAUGAGACCCAGUGAGUGGAACUCGUCCUCCUUGGGGCCAGCGUCGGGGACCUGGACUCUAGUGGAUGAGGGCAGCGAAGAGGAUGAAGACCCCGAGACCAGUUGGAUUCUCCUUAGUGAAGACGACUUGGUUACCCUCUUCUCACAGUUACCCUUUCAGGAGCUCUUUCAGCAUCUUCUCGGCUUCAAGUCAAAAGGUGAUUAUGUACCUGAAAAGACAAGACCUCAAGAGAUGAUGAAAAUGUUUGCCUUUGCCAACUCAUUAGUGGAACUCCUGGCUGUGGGGUUAGAGACCUUUAACAGGGCCCGUUACAGGCAGUUUGUGAAACGCAUUGGCUAUAUGAUCAGGAUGACCCUCGGUUAUGUCAGUGACCAUUGGGCGCAGUAUGUGAACCACAAUCAAGGCUUGGGAUUGGCCCUGCAGCCCUACUCCCUGGAGAAACUACAGGUUGAGUUUGAUGAGCUGUUUUUGAGGGCUGUUCUCCAUGUGCUAAAAGCCAAAAGACUUGGCAUCUGGCUGUUUAUGUCUGAGAUGCCCUUUGGGACCCUGUCCGUCCCCAUGCUGUGGAAGCUCUUCUACCUCAUGCACCAGGCGGGCUGUGGGAGCCUGGAGAAGCUCAGUGCCACCCUCGCGACGGCCCAGUGCAAGACGUGGCUCCAAGAUCCAGAGCAUUUUGUGAACUUUGAGAAGUGUCUGUCUUCCAUGAACAGCUCGGAAGAGAUUUGCCUUCUGACGACGUUUGCUCAGAUGGCUCAGGCCAGAAGGACCGACGUGGAUGAAGACUUCAUAAAGAUCAUUGUUCUGGAGAUAUACGAGGUGUCUUACAUCUCCCUGUCCACCAGAGAGACGUUUUCCAAGGUGGGCCGCGAGCUUUUAGCAGGCAUCACAGCUGUUCACCCCGAGAUCAUUUCUGUCAUUUUGGAUAGAGUUCGAGAGACCAUUGACCAGGUUGGAAUGGUUUCCUUGUACUUGUUCAAAGAAUUGCCUUUGUAUCUCUGGCGACCUUCUCCCUCUGAGAUCGCCGUGAUUCGGGACUGGUUAUUGAAUUAUAACCUGACAGCGGUGAAGAAUAAACUGGCCUGUGUUAUUCUGGAAGGACUCAACUGGGGGUUUGAUGGACAGGGUGUCCUUCAUCUGAACCAAGCAGUCCAUGCAGACGUGGCUCUGAUGGUUCUGGAAGCUUACCAGAAGUACCUGGCACAGAAGCCAUAUGCUGGGCUUCUUUCUGAAAGUAUGAAGCAGGUUUCAUAUUUGGCCAGCAUCGUGCGCUAUGGAGAGACACCUGAGACCUCAUUUAACCAGUGGGCCUGGAACUUGAUCUUGAGGUUAAAACUGCACAAAAACGAUUAUGGACUGCAGCAGAAUUGCCCAGCUGUCCCCUUCUCCAGCAUGGUCCCCGACAUGACAGAGUCACCCACGUUCCAUCCUCUCCUGAAGGCUGUGAAAGCAGGCAUGCCCGUGGGCUGCUACCUCGCCUUGUCCAUGACAGCUGUGGGCCACAGCAUUGAGAAGUUCUGUGCGGAAGGCAUCCCGCUGCUGGGGGUUCUGGUUCAGUCGAGGCAUUUGAGAACCGUGGUCCAUGUCCUGGAUAAGAUUCUUCCUUUAUUCUACCCGUGCCAGUAUUACCUCCUGAAGAAUGAACAGUUUUUGUCGCACUUCCUCCUGUUCCUGCACCUGGACAGCGGUGUCCCUCAGGGUGUCACGCAGCAGGUCACCCACAAGGUGGCGCAGCACCUGACGGGAGCCAGCCACGGGGACAACGUGAAGCUGCUCAGUGGCAUGAUCCAGGCACACAUCUCUGUAAGCACUCGACCCCACAAGGUGGGCCCUGUUGCUGUGCUGGAGUUCUGGGUCCAGGCUCUUAUAAGCCAGCACCUAUGGUACCGAGAACAGCCCAUCCUCUUCCUCAUGGACCACUUGUGUAAAACAGCUUUUCAGCUGAUGCAGGAGGACUGUGUGCAAAAACUACUCUACCAGCAACACAAGAACGCUCUGGGCUACCACUGUGACCGCAGUCUGCUCUCUUCCUUGGUGAGCUGGAUCGUGGCUGGCAACAUCACUCCGUCCUUCGUGGAGGGCGUGGCCUCGUCCACCCAGGUGUGGUUCGCCUGGACUGUGUUGAACAUGGAAUCCAUCUUUGAAGAAGAUUCCCAGCUCCGAAGAGUUGUCGAAGGGGAAUUGGUUAUAAAUUCUACUUUUACCCCUGACCAAGCUCUGAAGAAAGCCCAGGCCCAGCUGAAGCUCCCCAUUGUCCCGUCCCUCCAGCGGCUGCUGAUUUACCGAUGGGCCCACCAGGCCCUGCUCACGCCCUCUGACCACCCUCUGCUGCCACUCAUUUGGCAGAAGUUCUUCCUCCUGUAUCUCCACCGCCCAGGACCACAGUACGGGUUACCCAUAGAUGGUUGCAUUGGAAGAAGGUUUUUUCAAAGCCCCGCGCACAUCACUUUGUUGAAUGACAUGAAGAGGCGCCUGACCGAGGUGGCUGACUUCCACCAUGCUGCGAGCAAGGCCCUCCGAGUUCCAGCAGAGGGCAGCGAAGGACCAUGCCAGAGCCAGGCGGGGACCCCGGGCCACCUGACUUCUCCGGAGCUGCACGCAGAACUCGUGAGGCUCUUCAAUGUAUAUGUAUUAUGGCUGGAAGAUGAGACUUUUCAGAAAGGAGAUACCUAUGUCCCUUCCCUGCCAAAGCAUUAUGAUAUUCACAGGCUGGCGAAAGUGAUGCAGAAUCAGCAGGAGCUCUGGAUGGAGUAUGUGAACAUGGAGCGCAUCCACUACGAGUUUCAGGAAACCGUCGGUCUGUGGACACGUGCCAGGCUCGAGUCCCACUCCCCGCCGUGCAGCUUGUCAGCACAGCUGGACUUCACCGACCCAUCUCUGGCUAAAGAAAGGGUCUUGAGUAACCUGCGGAAACACGAGGCUCCCCAGCCUCCCCUUGGCCUGCAGCCCAUGAGGCCCCCUGUUCCAGUGAUUUCCUCAGCCUCCCUGCUGAGUCAGAAGGACACCACCCAGCUUGCUCGAGGGGACCUGAAUGUGCUGCAGCGGCAGGCCAGAACCGCAGCUCUCCGGGAGACCCAGCAGGUUGCCCUGGACAGUGAGCUGCUGGACACGAUACCCAAACAGUAUGUGAAUCGAGAAGAACAGAUCACCCUUCAUCUGGAGUGUCGGGGCAGCAGCGGUAAAAAAUGUCAAGGAGCAGCCGUUGUCACAGUUCAGUUUGAAGGUAUGCAUAAGAACGAAGCCAGCAGCCAGCAGCUCCAUGUUCUGCAAAAGGACGUGAAGCACCUGCAGGCGGAAGCUGCGAAGCCCCCGGCCCUGCAUAUCGUGGAAGCGGCUGUGCACGCAGAAAACUUGAUUACGGCCUUGGUGAAUGCCUACAAGCUGCAGCCCGCGCCUGGGGUCCAGAAGGUUGGCAUUAGUCUCUUCUUCACCGUGGUAGAUUACGUCAGCGACGAGACUCAGCGCCACCCGCCCACCAGGCAGUUCUUCACGUCCUGCAUUGAGAUCCUGGGACAGGUGUUCAUCAGCGGCACCAAAUCAGAAUGCAGGAAAGUGCUUCAGACCAUCCUGAAGCACAGAAGGCUCUGCUCGCUGCUGUCCUCAUUCUUCACCCCCAACGCCGCGCCCGCAGACUUCAUCCAGCUCUACGGGACAGUGGUCAGCUUUCUCAGCGAGGAUACCAGCGACAUGGUUUUCAUGCUGCUGACCAAGUUUGAUCUUAAGCAAUGGCUACACUCCACUAAACCUCCUCUGUCUGACCGCACCAGGCUUCUGGAAUCCAUUCAUUUGGCACUGACGGCCUGGGGCCUGGAACCAGAUGAAGAUAUUUUGAUGCCAUUUAAUCUGUUCUGUAAGCACUGGACUUACCUUCUUCUCUACCAGUUCCCCGACCAGUACAGUGACAUUCUCAGGCUGCUGAUGCAAAGCUCCGCCGAGCAGCUGCUGAGCCCCGAAUGUUGGAAAGCCACCCUGCGGGCCCUGGGCUGCUGCUCCCCCGACAGCCAGCAGGGGGCGGCCCCUGCCGAGAGCACCAUGCUUCAGAGCUCUCCAGGUGUGCCCUUGUCCGACAAGCAGGUAAUGGAGACUAUCCAGUGGCUCUCAAACUUCUUCUACAAGCUUCGGUUAUCCAAGUUAGAGUUCAAGAGCUUCGGCUUAUUUGCAAAGUGGAGCCCUUACAUGGAGGAAGUGAAGACGCUGUUGGGCUACCUUGUGAAAAGGCUGGUUGACUCAGAAGUGGCCUGCUUGGCCCAGGACCCGUCCGCCAGCAGCCAAACAGUGCUGAGAAUUCUGCAUUCUGUGGUCAUUCAGCUCUUUAAGCCGUGGAUCUUGGUCCUGGAGGACACAGGAAGCAAGCAGCGCCAUUACCCCUGGCUGGAAAGUGACGCUGUGGUGGCCUCCAGCUUCGUGCACUUGUUCACGGACUGCAUUGACUCACUGCACGGGAGUUUUAAAGACAAGCUGCUUCCGGGGGAGGAGGGAGCCCUUCGACUACACCUGAUGCAUUACUGCGAAACCUGCACGGCGCCCAAAAUGCCCGAAUUCAUUCUGUAUGCGUUCCACCAUGCAUACCGCAGACUCCAGUGGAGGGACCUGCACCCCGACCGCAUGCUCAUGGAGGCUUUCUUCAAAGUGGAAAGAGGAAGCCCCAAGAGCUGUUUCUUAUUUCUGGGCUCUGUCCUCUGCGAAGUCAACUGGGUCAGUGUGCUUGCCGAUGCCUGGAACCCCAGCCCCCUGCCGGCAACCAGAAGCAUGAUCGUCUGCCUCCUUUUCAUGAUGAUCUUAUUGGCAAAGGAAGACCAGCUGGUGGAUCAGCCAGAGUCGCCCCUGCUGAAUCUCCUGGGACAGACGAGCUCGCUCUCGUGGCACCUCGUGGAUGCUGUGUCCUACCAGAGCGCCAUCGGCUACUUCAGCAGCCACUACCCGCCGUCCAUCAUCCUGGCCAAAGAACCCGCCGCCCAGGCUGUCCUGAAGCUCCUCAAAGUUUCUGCAGGCCUUUCCAGUCCAGCCGAUGGCCAGAAGCAUCUCGAUGCAGUUCCCAAGUGCCGCGCCUUCACUCGUCAGAUGGUCCAGUUUCUCGGUAGCCUGGAACAGGACGGGAAAAUCACCUUCCCAGCCCUCGAGCAGCAGAUGUCCAAGCUCCUAGAUGAUAUCAUUGUCUUCAACCCCCCUGCAGCCUCAUCCAGUGUGUGUGCGUGCCCCACAGACAUGGACAGCCAGACCCGCCACCUGGCCCUCAGCAGCCUCUUUGUAGAAGUCCUGACGAUGUUGAACAACUCGACCCUUCCGACCGCAGAGUUCCUCCGCGGCAGCGUCCGGACCUGGGUCAGCCACAAAGUGCACGGGCUGGGGGUGCUGCCUCUCCUGACAGCAGCCUGCCAGAGCCUGGCUUCCGUCCGCCACAUGGCGGAGACGACCGAAGCCUGCAUCACGGCCUACUUCACAGAAGACUCCCUCAAUCCUAAUUUAGGUUGGGGCCCCAUCCUGGUAUCCCUUCAAGUUCCUGAGCUCACCAUGGAAGAAUUUCUGCAGGAGUGCCUGGCCCUGGGCAGCUACUUGACCCUUUAUGUCUACCUGCUUCAGUGUUUGAACAGUGAACAGACGCUAAGGAAUGACAUGAAAGUGCUGCUCAUCUUAAGCAAGUGGUUGGAGCAGGUAUAUCCGAGCUCUGUGCAGGAAGAGGCCAAGCUGUGUCUGUGGUGGCACCAAGCGCUGCAGCUGUCCCUGGGCCAGGCGGAGCAGAACGACGCCGUCCUGACGGAAGCCGUCAUUCGGAUUCUGCUCAUGCUUCAGAGCAGACUGAGCCUGGUGGCGGAGGAGAGGCUCAGCUCUGGGAUUCUGGGGGCAAUCGGGCUGGGCCGGAGGUCACCCUUGUCCAACAGGUUCCGAGUGGUCGCCCGGAGCAUGUCCACCUUCCUCUUGGUGCAGGUGCCCACUGAGGACCACAUCCGCCUGAAGCCGAGCCCUGAAUUGCAUCUGACACUGAGAGCCCAGCAGGCUCUGAGCGCCCUCGAGGCCAUGCCAUCGAGUAAGCAGUAUGUGGAAUACCAGGAUCCGAUCUCUCAGGCCGCCCAGUUUAUAAAGCACCCUGGCCAUUGCCUCAAGGAUGGGAAAAGCCUCCUGGCUCUCCUUGUGAACUGCCUUUACCCGGAAGUGCAUUAUUUGGACAACAUUCGGUAGUCCACCCAGGCCCCUGGACCACCCGCUGCUCUUCCAGUUUACACUUCCAUUGCUGUGGCACAGGGGACUUGGCGCAUGCCCGCUGCAGGGCUGGGGGAGCCUCCGAGGGGCUGUGUGCUCGGGAGAACUCCAGUGUGCGUGCGUGUAUGUGUGUGUGUAUGUGUGCGUGCAUGUGCAAUGGGCCCUUGAGGCCUCCCUGGAACGUCUUUGUUUUUAGGUCUUCCACUAGGAGCAACGUUGUAAGUUCCCAGCUGGGACAGCGACACUCGGCCAUAGUGGGCUGCCCGGCCAUCUCACAAGCCCUAGGGUAGGGUGUCUGUUUUUGUUGAAAUGUGAACACUCCUGGGUUAGCUCUGAUGCUGUGGGAGUCCAUGUCAAAGCAUCACCCUGGAACCUCAUUGUGUACCUCCAGCGUCAAACAGACAUCUUUGAAAACCUACCCACGUUUCUCCGGAGCGGGGGCUCUACAGUAGCGGGAAGGAGUUGCGCUCCCCCCUCAGAGGCAAGCCCUGAGGGCCGAGUCAGCCGGGGGCCACAUGCAUGGUGGCAAGGCCCACUUCCACCACCGAGAACGGUGGACAAUAAAAGGUUGGCACUUG